AUGACCCUCUCAUCGUCGAUGAGGUGUUCUUCUAAGAGGGACUUCAGACUGCAGAACCACAAGAGAGGGCACAGCUUUGAUAGUGGAUUAACUAUCAAACUCAAAGAAGAUGAUCUCCUUCUGUUUAGUGAUAUGCAGAUGAGAGAGAGUGAAAACUUCUUGUUGAAUUCAAGUGAUGAUUUUGAUGACUCAUUGGGUAAUUAUCCUGUCCAGAAUACUUACGUGCAUUGCUUAUUCUUUCUUAAUGCUAUAAGUUUACUCUUUUAAACUAAAGCAUCUUCCUUGCGUUGCUGGUAUGUUUCCCUCGUGUAUCAGCAAAACUGAAAUACAGUUCCGAUUUCAAGCUAAAUAUUCCAGUCCGUGGGGAGAGCAAUGAUCUGCUGAAUGUCGGUUCUGAAAAGAAUGAUUAUGAUUGGUGAGUCGUACUUGUCGCAUUAAAGUCAAAUGUUAUAAUCAGAUCCCCCCCCACUAGAUUUCAGUGGUCUUAUUUAGCUUGAUACUCCUGUCAAUCUUGUACCUUUUACAUUCUGGGUAGUGAAUCACGUCUUAUACCAAAUCUGAACGUUGAUUAAUCUCUCUUGUCUAAAUUCAUCAUACUUGAACAUAUGACAUUGACCUGGGUGCAACUCUGAAGCAUUUAGAAGUUCGACGUGAUGCGUUCAGGUAGAAACAUCUUCAUAUACUAGGGAGAUAUACAAGGGUGAAAAAUUCUGAUCUUUAUUGACUUGAACUGCUUCAGUAUUUUCCUGAAAUGCAAUUUCUUGAAACUUAGUUGUUGUACCUCAUCAAUGUAUUUCGUAAGUUUUGACUAGGACGGGGAAUUUUAUUUUUAACAAAUAGAGAUAAAAAACAGAAAAUUAUUCAAUUAUUCUAAAAUCUUAACAUUUCUGAGAAGGCAGCGAAAUAUUUUAUUUUAAUAUUUUAUAAUGUAAUAAUGAGUGAUUACAAGCUGUAAUUAAUCUAAUCCGUAUCUUAAGGUAAAAAUGCUUCUGGAAUUUUUUUUUUUUUUGUAACGACGACAGAAAAUGUAUGCUACAUUUCAAAUGAAUGUUGCCAUGUUCCACAUUUAGGCUUUGGAAAAGGGUAUGCUUUUUCAUUUUUCUAGUUGUUUUUUCAUAAAUGUAAUGAUUAUGCCAUACUCUCAUUGUAAUGAAACAGGCUUUCAACACCACAUGGAUCUCAUAUUUUUCUAUAACUGAGUAAGUAACCAGGAGAAGCUAAUUUCGAUUGUGUAUAUAGCAUAACACCUAUGCUCUUCAAUGUUUGUUGCAUCAUGGAUGCUAGUUUGAUGAUUGAGUUCAGAUGUAUGUAGUUGUGCGCUUCAUAUUGGUUUUGGCAGAGAUCUCUUUGCUGUUGCUAUUUAUAUUUAGAGAUAAUGACCAUGAGAUGCUAUUCGUCUGAUUAAGCAGGCUUUUAACGCCUCCAGAAACUCCUCUUUUCUCAUCUCUGGAUGAUGAAGAUCUGGCUUCCGCUAACUUGGUUUCUAGGGGCAGGUCUCGAGCCCAACCAAUUCCCAUUUCGACAUCUAGUUCGGUAAGUGUCAUGGUUUUUUUGCUAGUCCAUUUCGACAUCUAGUUAUGUUCAGACUGAGAAUAGUGAGACAUUUGUUCACGUCUAAUUCUUAAUUGUCAAACAUCCCUCAAUCCAAGUUCUUCUAUGUUCACAGACAGGGAAAGGUCAUAGGGCAGGUAGAAGCAGUGCAAGCCCAAGUCGGUCAAGUCCAUCUCCUCGAUCUGGUAAUAAACAGCCUCAGUUGAGAGGAAGGCCAUCUUCUGCUCGUAGUGCCAGCCCUGCCGUAGUUUUGCAUCCAACAACACCCUCAAGAAGAUCAACUACUCCCCAGAAUAGACCCUCAACUCCGACUCCAAGGUCUUCAACACCGACACACAGAAGAACUAGUAGUGGAUCAAGCAGUAGCGUAGCCUCUUUUGGGAGAACGGGAACUUCCCCAGUGAAGGCAAGUAGGGGAAAUUCUGCAUCUCCAAAGUUACGUGAAUGGCAAAUGAGCUUUCCAGGGCUCCCUUCAGAACCACCUCCUAACCUUCGAACUUCUCUCUCUGAUCGGUCUGCGUCACAUGCAAGGGAUUCUUCACCAUUAUCUAGAAAUGGAAGGAAAGUGUCUCUGAAAAGUAGCAGGCAAUCAAUAUCACCAACUGCUUCCAGAAGUGUCAGCUCCUCACAAAGUAAUGAUCGAGACCAUUUCAGUUCCCGGAGUAAAGGUUCUGUUACAUCAUCCUGUGAUGAUGACGUGGACAUCACGUACCCUGUCAAUGUGGGGUUCUCAUCCCGGCCCACAUUAAGAAACAAUGGAAAUUUUGCCAGCAGCAGAAACACAACAAUUUCAAAGAAGCCAUCUCGGACAAUAACUUCAGAUUUGGCUCCAAAAGGUUCAUUUAGUGCUGACCAUCGACAUAUGGUAUGCAUAUCAUCUUGAAUUUUCAUUAUUUUGAAUCAAAUUUCACUGUUUGAUUUUUGAAAAUUGAAAACAUAUAUAAUUCGAAUAUGGAAAAGUACUUAGUCUGAAUUGAAUUUUCUAUAUUGGGAACCUAUUCUUUAUUGCUGUGCUUUAACUUCUACUGGCAGAACAAGGGGUAUUGAAUUGAAUGCGCAAGUUUCGUAAAUUCAUUUGGACAAUAGCAGUGGUAUAUUAUGUUUGUACUAAAUGUGCAAGGUUAUUUUUGUGCUGUCAAACUCUGAUAUUGUGGAUUUAAACCCGUCAGAGCCUUUUGAAAUCCCAAGUUUAUUGCAAGGUUAUGUUUGAUACUGUGCCUGUGGAAAGAGAAAAUUUCGCAAUGUUUACCGUGAUUGGCUUGGUUGCAGCUGUUUUAUUCUCAGUUGUAGACUUUCAAUUUUUCAUUCUUUUUGUUCAAGAAUGAAGCAAUGCCCCUAUGCCACGAGGUCCCUAUAGACAAGGGGGCAUGUGAAUCAUUGCUAUUUUUUACUUGAGUGUUUACAAUAACAGUGGAUGUUCUGUGUUCAAGUUGCACAUCAUCUGAUGGGCUUAUUUUUGUAAGGGCACCUAUGUUUCCAUUCUUGGAAUACAUGCAAAUAUUUUGGGAGAAUUAGUGUAAAUUCUAUUGGAUUUCUGUGUGCAUGUGCGUCAAAAUGAGCGUCUAGGUUAUGGUCGGGUGCUGUCAAGCUGCUAUGCCAUUAUGCUGUCCAAAUCUUUUCUGUAGAAAGCACAAGUUGAAUGAUGUCCGUGGAUUUUCUAUUUCAUUUUUUACUGUUUUUGUCCUUUGUAUUUUUUUUAUCUUCGGUAUAUGAAUGUGCCCAUAGACAUUGAGGAUAUUCAUUACAUAUUUUUCCACUCUCCCUUAGUGUAAACUUACCUCUUCGAUUUGGUAAAUAAUAGCCCCUUGAAUGUUAUCCAUUUUUCUCACCAGUCUUUUUUGUGUCCAUCUCUGUUUUCAGGAUCAAUGCAGAACUCCUCACAACAUGUUCAGACCACUUUUGUCAAGUGUCCAUCAUAGUAGUUUCCAUACUACGAAAUCAAACACCAUGCACCGUCCUUUAUUUUCUUGGAAUUCUUCUCUGACAACUAGCAGCAAUGCAAGCUCUGAUCAAGGAGCUAGUGUUGCACCUGAUACUGAGGGCAGUGACCAUGACCAAAAUGAUCUUGUUGUCGAAUGGGAUACAAUACCAAAUGCUGAAGUGCAAGAUGAGAUAUUUAAAUUGGACGAGGCAGACAGAACUGAAGAUAUUGGGGACAAAGUUAACGGAGUGGAACCUAAAACUGUUCCCGGAGAAUUUGAUAAAAGGACAGAGAGGAACACUGAGGUUAAGGAAAUUGGACAACAGUCUUAUGAUCUUGAUGAUAAAUCAUGUGGAAAGCCUUCAUCCGAGUUUCCAUGUCCUGUGCAUGACUUUUCUGAGGUCGAAUGUACUACUGCAUUGACUGUUUGCUCCAAAUACAAUGAAAGCUCUCAAACAUUUGAAAUAUCUGAUGUCAAGGUUGCUAUUUGCCAAAAAUGCAUUGAGAGACAUGAAAAUGUUAUGGAUGGGACAUAUACUCCGGGAUUUCCAGAAACCGUGCCACAUAUUUCUCAAAACCUGCGUCAUCACCAAAGUGUGAAUGCAUUUAUAUCUGAAUUAAGUGAGAGAUCUCAUCUCGGAAGUGAUGUGCCUCAAAUAUCUGAAAUUAAUAAUGAAAAUUUCAUUGGCCAGCUACAAAAAGUGGAACCAGAUUCUAAAUACUCACCCGAUGCAAGUCCCAUUGAGUUUUGCAGAGAUGAAAAAUCAGAGCAAAAUCUUAGGGAUGAGUUAGAAUUUCAAAAUACAGGUGAAAACUUUCAGCAAUUUAAUCCCUUUGGUUCCUGUCAGAAGUCAAGAGUAUGCUCUCCAGAAGGAGCUGGUAUCUCAGUUUUAUUAGAAAGGUCUAGCAGCAGUAAAGGACUAGUUAUUCAAGGACGGCCUCUUACUGCUGCUAGUGUAUGUUGUGUAGAGCCAUCCUCCAUAGGGAACAGUGUGAAUAUUUCGAAAAGCAUUCCCGCGUGGGCCGGUUCUACGGAAUGUUCGUCUGUUAAUGUGGGGUUGCCGUGGCAUACUGAAACUCAGAAACAGGUAAGCAAUUCAACUGCUAACUUGUGCACUCCAAGUGAACAUGGUCUAGGAUCUCAAACUACUGAGAUAUUUCCAUCUGAAAGCUCGUGUAAUCUACAUGGAGAUAUGGGUUGCAUAGAUAAUAAGUCUCUAUGCUCCAUGAAUGAUGUGAAUGCUUUGAAAGUUCAUGUCACGCAAGAAAGUUUCUCAGCUUUCUUAGCCACUGAUCUGGGUUCUCUGAGACGAUCGGAACCUUACAGUCCGUGUCAGUUGGACAGUCUGAUGAAUGGCAGAGGGUAUCUUACUUCGAAGCAUGGGACUAAUGACAGUGCCCUCUUAGCAGCUUCAAAUAACUUACCUGUGAAUCUGGCAACUCAUAUGAGCAGGCAUGAAGGAAUUUUUGAUGUCUCUACGGAGAGAAUGCAAUAUGAGCCACAUGAAGAGCCCUUGUCAGUUACUGAAGAACAAAUGGAACCUCUGGAGAAGACUAAAUCUUUUAGUACACAUUCCUCAGCCACUGAGAGCACCAUUCCAAUGGGAGAUGAAUGUAGUUGUAGUGAAAGUUGCAAAAGUGCUACCGUACCCAAGUUGGUGUCCGAAGCACAAUGUUCUCCUUUGGAGGAUGUGCCAGUUAAGGUUAUUCUAAACAAUGACGGCCAUAUUUUACUCAAUACUUCCACCACUCAAAAAGACAUGACAAUUGACACCUGGGAUCCAUGCCCAAUCAAAACAUGUGAGACAAGCUCAUCAGGAGUGAAAGAUGUAUCUUCUCAAAGUAUGAGUAAUAUUGUAGGUUCCUCCUGUGCUCAUUCUGUUUCUCCAACUUCAGAGAAGGACAAGCUGGUUUCUGGUUUGGAAUCCCAGAAUAUUGAUUAUGAUAAUGACAACUAUGGUAUGCAGUUUCCCCUACCUCUUGUUUCCUAUAGUUUAUAUCCUGAUUGUAAUGUUUUGAUAUUGAGUUUUCUUGCCUAUAAUUUCUCUCUUUUAAAUAAGCGAUGUUGUUAUUUCUCAACCUGUGUGACCCCUGCUAGGUUUCAGUCCUGGGUUUGUCCUCCAGUGUCUCAAGUUUGUCAGUAGCACGAAUUGUGCAUACCGGAUGGAUAUUUGGUACAUAAGCAUUUUUAUUAGAAACCGACCUGCUGCCACAGCUAGGAGGGUCUUAGAAGCUCGCCCUCAAGGAAACUAGUUGCUUGGUUUGGUGCACUUAGGGAGCGGUAGUUUGGACUCUAGGCGGGGCUGGGAGGUAGCUUUCAUCUGUUUCUUGAUAAGUACUAGGAUUCUUGUUCUCUAUCUCUAUCGGAUCUACUACUACGUUUUCUACAUCAUUUGAAAUUAAUUUUGGUUUUCUUUUACCAUAAGCCUUUAGUGGUAGCCGAAAGUUAAUUUUGACCUCGGGCUGAAGUUUUUCGUAUUCCUGUAUGGACUCAAUCAUCUAAUUUCAUUUGGUUUAGACUCCCAGCAUCAAAUGCAACUGUGUGGAUGUGCUUGAAUAGAGCUAUGGGCAUAGUUGUCUUCAUUUUUGGGCAUAUUUUAUGUAAUUCCUAUACUUCACUUGCUUUCUGUGAAAUGCUAUUAUUUCAAUUAACUUUUUAAGGCGCUAAGUGGUAUAGGAACAAUGAGUUCGUAUUGCGUACCCUGCCAUGCAAGUACCAUUGAUGAUUUUCAUAAAAAAGUAGUUUAAUACUUAAAGUUUCUUUAUCUAUGUCGUUGCGCUGGCUGUAGAAGUCAAAAUUUUAAAUGAGUCGGAUCAAUCUGGUUUGAGCUGAGUUAGUUUUGGGGAUCUCAAGGCGGACCUCUGGAAAGAUGGGUAUGCGAUUGGUACAUCAUGGAUUAAUAACGAAUCCACAAUCUAUCUGGUUGUUGAUUGAGAUUCUACAAUGCCACACCUUUAUGAAGAUUCAAGAAAAUAAUCCUUACUCUUAAGUCAUUUUUUCUGGAUUAAGUGUUUCAUCAGGAAAUAAGAAAUAGAAACAUGAAAACGAAUGCUUUGUAUUUCUGAAGUUAUAUGCUAAUGAUCAUUUUUAAGAUCCAGAAAGGAAGGGCUCAAUCUGAGGCCUUUAUUUUGUAACCCAUCUCCAGUUUUCUGAAGGUACACGUUUCUGUUGCAAAACCUGGGGAACAUAUAGCAGGGCAAUGAACUUAUUAUUUCUUCGGCUAGGGAACUAAACCUCUUGAAAUAAGAAAGAGUGCAUCCUCGGGGACAUGUUUCUGCAAAGUGGAAGGAAUAAAGCAGACCAGCUAAGAGUUUUCAGUCGCACAAAGCCAAGGGGAUAAACGUAUUGUUUUAUGCUAGAACCAAGCUCAUCAAGCGAAUCAUGAUUGUUAUUACAGAAAAGUAACUGCGUAGGAGCUGCCCAUGUAGGCAGGUGGUCAUCGGUAUGGGUUGUGAUGGUGCAUCGGGUGCAGCUGUAUGGAUAAACACCGUUUUUUCUCUGACUUGGGAUUGAUUUAAUUUGAGUUGGCAUCCAAGAACACAUUUUGCCGCAUGAAUUUUCUUUUACCUUCCAUCUCUAACGGUAUGGGUACACCAAUUCGGAGCUCCUGUUCGUUUUCAUUACCGAAGAAGUAAUGAAAAUAAAGUUUAUACAUUGUUGAUAUCAUCCUAUUUCAAGUUUAUCUAAAUCUUUCUGUAGCUCUGUGGAUUUUACCAUCUUCAUCUCAUGAUAAGGUUCUUCAUUCGACAGGAGAAUCAACCAUCGCAGUUCAUGGCCCAGGAGGGAGCAAAUCUAGAAGUCUAACAUUGGAAGAAGCGAGGGAUAGUAUACUUUUCUGUAGUUCUAUUAUUCACGAUCUCGCCUUCAAGGCAGCUGCCAUGGCGAUAGAAAAGGAAGACUCAUUAUCAACACAAGAAAUCAGUCUUCCUGCUGUAAUGCUCCUCGGGAAGUCUACUUCUGAAGAAAGAAAUAAGAUCCGCAGUAGACAAACAGCGAAGCCGAAACAGACCAAAAGAAAGAGCUCGGAAGCAGAGGCAAUGCCCCCUUCUGCAGAACCAGCAACCAGUGUGAAGAUCCCCGAGGAGGCAUCAUCAGUUGUGAGACCCAAGCCUCCCAACAAGCUUGACAGCAUGAAGCCUCCGAAGCUGGAGUCAAAGUGCAAUUGCACCGUGAUGUAG